GCUCCGUGCUGUCCCUUCAGUCUGUCCAUCGAUCUGUGGCAUGAGGCAGCUGGCUGUCUCUCUCUCUCUCUCUCUGUGUGUGUGCUAUUUUCAUAUGCGCACAUUGUUGCCACUGAUAACCCAGUAUCCCAGUUAAAUUGUUAAAUCCAAAGCCGUAAAUGUGCGCCCAAUUUGAAUACGCGCCGAAAGAGAGAGCAAAACGAAAAACGAAAAACAAAAAACGAGACGGUGACAAUAAAUCCGUUAUGCAUAAAUGCCAGGCCCACGCUCAAGCCCCGAAGCGUAAGUACUCCCACUUUCAGUUGAAACUUUUUUGUGGGCUCCCCCCCCAGUGGCGACAUAUAAAAGCGGCGACACGGCCCAGCCGGCGUUUCUUUUGGCCAGACAAUGCCGAGAAGGAGAAGUGCGCUUAUCACAGACAGCUGCCAGCUGCUGACAGUCAUGGCGCUGACCCUGGCGCUGGUCAGCACUCAGCGCAGCGACGUUGCGGUAAGAAAAGCGAACAGCAACAACGAUGUGGCAGUGCCACCCGCGCCGCGCUGGGGCGCCAAUAUGCAAAUGCUGCGACGUCACAAUAGUGCGGCCUUCAAUUUCUGGACGGAGGAGAGCGACACAAACAUUUGGGAGCAUUGCGGACUCUUCGAGGGUGACAUUAUGCUGCAUCGCGAGCUGCUGCGCAAUGGAUUGCUGAACGAGAGAUCGACCUGGCCGGAGGCAUCGAUACCCUUUUACAUUGAUCCGCAGGAUUUCACUGCCAACGAGACAAUGACCAUAUUGCGUGGCUUCAAGGAGUACCACGAGCGGACCUGCAUACGCUUCCGGCCGUAUGUGCAGGGCGACAAGCACUGGCUGAUGAUCAAGGGCAACUACUCGGGCUGCUGGUCGAGCGUGGGCCGGCGGCAGGGCGGCCAGGUGCUCAACCUGAACACGCCCAAGUGCGUGACGCAUGGCGUUGUGGUGCACGAGCUGCUGCAUGCCCUGGGCUUCUAUCAUCAGCAGAGCGCCACGGAGCGCGACGAGUACGUGAAGAUCAACUGGGACAACAUACUCGAUGGACACGCGCACAACUUCAACAAGUAUGCGCGCACGCACAUAACGAACUUUGGCGUGGAGUACGACUAUCAGAGCGUCAUGCAUUACAGCUCCAGGGCGUUCAGCAAGAAUGGCAAGGCAACCAUUGAGCCGUUGGAUCCGUACGCCUCGCUGGGCCAGCGACGCGGCCUCUCCGACAAGGACAUCUCGAAGCUUAACGAAAUGUACGAGCAGGACUGCAACGAGGACUCGCUGCUCAAUUUCGACCGCUUCGGGGGCUACAUCGACGAACUGCUCGACUACCUGCAGGGCAAUCUGCAGGAUCUGUUCGGCUAGCGGCGCUGUCGCUGUCGCUGCCACCGAUUGAUGCGAAUAAAGCGGUGGGCUGCUAGGCCACAAAGAAA